CCUCUUCCUCCUCCUCCUCCUCCUCCUCCGGCAGCAGCGGCAGAAGGACCCACCCUGCCCCCCACCCCACCCUCCGCCGGCUCCCGUGCGGCUCCUGCCUCGACUAUUAUUUUAUUUUGGGUCGUGCACAAGCCUCAGUGCCUGCAGCCCGCGCUUCCUCGGACCGCGGGCGCCUCCUGCCUCGGCUCCGGAGCCCCAGCCCAGGCCACCCUCGCCUCGACACCCCCAGAACCCCGCCAGCUUCUGCGAGUCUCCGCUGCUAGAAUCUUGUUAGCGGCUGCCUUUUUCGGGGGUGCUGGUUUCCCGACAUUUUUGUUUUCAGCCAAGGGGAGGAUAUCGUGGUUUUUUUUCCCCCUUUGAGCCCAGGCUCUGCUCUCUGGGGGGGUGGGGGGCGCGCCGAGCCGGGGAGCCGUGCCAGCCGAGUCGUGCGGGCUGUGGCAGGGAAGGGGCCACCAUGGGAUGUACUCUGAGCGCAGAAGAGAGAGCCGCCCUCGAGCGGAGCAAGGCGAUUGAGAAAAACCUCAAAGAGGACGGCAUCAGCGCCGCCAAAGACGUGAAAUUACUCCUGCUGGGGGCUGGAGAAUCAGGAAAAAGCACCAUUGUGAAGCAGAUGAAGAUUAUCCAUGAAGAUGGCUUCUCGGGAGAAGAUGUGAAACAGUACAAGCCUGUCGUCUACAGCAACACUAUCCAGUCCCUGGCAGCCAUUGUCCGGGCCAUGGACACUUUGGGCAUCGAAUAUGGUGACAAGGAGAGAAAGGUAGGCCACUGAGUCCAGAGGCACCGC